AUGCAGUUUGUACUUGUUGCUGUAAAAGAGGCUUGUGAGGAAGCCAAUAUUUUUGAAAGUAAUAUCGAUGCAAAUAGACUUGGCGUUUAUAUUGGCACUACUACCGCCGGGCAUGUUUCUGCUUAUGAGCAAGCUAAAAGACAUUUUGCAGGAGAACAUUUUAGCUUAAAUAAUCUCUAUCAAUGUACUCCGGGAGCAUGGCCUUUAGUAAUUGCCAAAUAUAUAAAAGCCAAUGGACCGGUAAAAUCCUUCUGUAUCAGUUGCAGCGCCGGAGGCGAAAGUAUUGGUAAUGCGUAUCGGGAUAUACAGGACGGUAUAGCGGAUAUUAUAGUGGCAGGAGGUGGAGACGCUCCAAUUUCAAAAAUUAAUUUUUUGAGCUUCCAUCUCAUCAAAGCAACUUCUAAAUGGAAGGGCGAUCCUUCGGAAGCAUGUCAGCCUUAUUCUAAAAACAGAUCCGGAAUGGUUUUCGGCGAAGGUGCCGGAGUGGUUGUUUUGGAAUCAUUAGAACAUGCUUUAAACAGAGGAGUAACAAUUUUGGGUGAAAUAGUGAAUUAUGUUGCAAAUACGGAUGGGUUUCAUAUUGUUGCUCCGGAACCGGCUGCUAUCCGAUAUGGCGAAGUGAUAGAUUGGGCCAUAAAAAGCAGUAAUAUUUCUCCCCAGGACAUCGGAUAUAUCAGUUGUCAUGGAACAGGGACACCCAAAAAUGAUGCAGCAGAAACGAAAGCUAUCAAAAAUGCAUUUGGCAGUCAGGCUUAUAAUUUGAAGCUAAGCAGUAUUAAAAGUAUGAUAGGUCACGCUUUUGGCGGAUCAACCGCAUUAGAAGUUAUAUCAUUAAUAAAAUCAUUGUCAGAGGGCAUUGCUCCGCCAACAAUCAACUAUAAAGAAUUUGAUGAAGAAUGUGAUCUUGAUUGUAUUCCAAAUGUUUCCGCAGUUAUAAAUACCGAUUUCGGGUUGAAAAUAGCGACCGGCUUUGGCGGCUCUAACAAUGCCCUGAUCUUGAAAAAAAUAAGCUGA